AUGGUGCACAUGAGAGUCCCGCGUCAACCUCUUGUGUCAAAAACUUCUGGAACAUCUGAAAAGCCGAAGGUGAGCAAAAACAGCCUCGCAUCUCGUUAUGGCAUUGAAGUGGGCGAUGUGAUAGUGAGCAUUUGUCGGUUGCUCACAGUGGGAAAGACACAGGAGCAGUUGAAGGCUGAGAUUUUGCGAGCUGGGAACGAAUUGGAUUUGGUAUUGAUUCGUAGAGGGAUCGACCUUGACAAAGUGAGCCAAUGCGUCCCACAGGUUUUGACGUCAUCCGUUCGUAGUCCGACACAGUCUACCUCUCCAGUGAAUUCGAACGUUUCGUCACCGGAAGCCUUUCUCUCCUACCAGUCCCCAAUCAGGGGUCGCUCAUUUCGAAAUGUCAAAACCAAAUCGUUGCGCAUUCUCGAGGAGCAACUAGCCGCAGGCCAACCGAGUUCCGUUUUGCGUACUAAGCAACACUUUCAAGGAGCUCGGGGCUUACCAGCAAGUGGGGCGAAUACCACUUUCACAACUGCAUAUGGACAGACCUCCGAUCAAGGCUACAGAGGUCGGAUGGUAAAUGUUCAACCUACGAGCACUUUGGGUUUUCAGCCAAAUUCAACGUCAGUCAAUAUCGCGCCCCCACUUUCUCCAACAAAUUAUGCGGCAUACCAAUCUAGUCAAGUGUUGUCCCGCUUCGGGACUAGCUGCGAUCGCCCUGCUUACCCAAGUGUGGCCAAUUGGGACACUCAAUCUGAUCAGAGCUCUUAUCGAACGUACCAACGCUCAAACUCAGCCGGUUCCGGAAUGCAGACUAGUGGCGUGGUGCACAUCAGCCCUUCCCAGAGAGAUCCUCAGAUGGCAACAACUGCGAUCACAGUGCCCAUUCAACGCAGUCAACCGAGAACCGACUGGGCUGGAUCAAGUUACCUUCGUCCAAAUGUAAUGUGAGCACAAACACGCGGCUCAACCAAGAACAUAUAUGACCACAGCAUAAAUGCACAUACUAACCUACCUUCUGUUUUCACCAUGACAAUCUGCUAGUGAGAGCGCGUGUACAAAAACUUUCUUCGCAUGCCCUAGAAACGCAUAGAAUCUCCUCUCUUCCGAAUACAAUCAAGAUGCUAGCUUCAAGGCUCGCCGUACAAGUGCAAGCCAUGUCCAAAUUUCUUGCGCUAACUCGAAGCACUCGCGAUGUCAUUCCUUUUCACUUUAGUCAAAUUCGUUCAUGUCUUCCAUCUUCCUUCAGUGUACCAGAUUAACUACUUUUACAAAAUGAAGAUUAUAGAGCCUUAUCAUCCUCUGUGAACCUUAUGCGUCAGAGAGUACGUGAUAUCCGUCACAGAUAUUGCGGUAAACCAGAUAGAUGGUAACACUAUUGUUGGCAUAGCGAAGGUUACAUUAUGUUACUUGAGAGGGUGUGUAGAAUACAUUAUUUGCG